AUGGAUAAUUGGAACCAUACUUCAAAUGAUUUUAUUUUGUUGGGGUUGUUUCCCCCGAAUCAGAAAGGCCUAUUUCUCUUGCUCCUGAUCAUCUCUGUGUUUGUUCUUGCCUGUUUGGGGAACUCAGGGAUGACUGCCCUCAUCUUCUUGGACCCCUGGCUCCACACCCCCAUGUACUUUCUCCUCAGCCAGCUCUCCCUCAUGGACCUGAUGUACAUCUCCUCCACUGUCCCCAAGAUGGCCAUCAACUUCCUCUCUGGCCAGAGGAGCAUCUCUUUCCUGGGCUGUGGUGUGCAAAUGUUCUUCUUUGUCACCAUGGCAAGUUCUGAAGGCUUACUCCUGGCCUCCAUGGCCUAUGACCGCUUUGUGGCCAUCUGUCACCCCCUGCAUUAUCACAUAUAUAUGAGCAAAAGAAUGUGUGUGAAGAUGAUCCUUGGGUGCUGGACACUAGGUUCCCUCAAUGGCCUAGUACACACUGUGUAUGCUCUUCAUCUUCCAUACUGCAGGUCCAGGACCAUCAGUCACUUCUACUGUGACAUCCCAGCCAUGAUGCCUCUGGUCUGUAUGGACACCUGGAUCUAUGAGUACAUGGUUAUUUUUAGUGCACUCUUGGUUCUCCUCCUUCCUUUCCUUGGCACCACAGCAUCGUAUGGACAAGUCAUUUUUGCUGUCUUCCACAUGAGGUCAAAGGAAGGAAGAAGAAAGGCCUUCACCACGUGCUCCACACAUUUAACUGUGGUGAUAUUUUACUAUGCUCCUUUUGCCUACACUUAUCUGAGGCCCAAAAGUCUUCACUCACCUGAAGAGGAUAAGAAUCUAGCUGUCUUCUACACCAUCCUAACCCCCAUGCUCAAUCCCAUUGUCCACAGUCUGAGGAACAAGGAGGUGCUGGGAGCCAUAAGAAGAGUGUGUGGGAUGUUCUCCUCCAAGAAGAAAUGA